AUGGGCAAUGUCUUGGCUGCCAGCUCUCCGGCACCCCCUCCGACAGUGCCAGGCUCAGGCCUAGUAUCGGUGCCACCGGGUUUCUCCAUGCCUCCUGUCACCGGACUGGUCCCCCCCGUGCAAGAUCGCAGCGCAGAAGAAAAAUGCGACCAGCUUCCUAACCCUGGCACUUUUGAGGAAUGUCACCGUAAAUGCAAAGAAUUGUUUCCGAUCCAAAUGGAGGGGGUGAAAUUAACAGUAAACAAAGGUCUCAGCAACCACUUCCAGGUCAACCAUACAGUGGCUCUCAGCACAGUCGGCGAUUCCAAUUAUCACUUCGGGGCAACGUAUGUCGGGACAAAGCAACUAAGCCCCACAGAGGCCUUCCCGGUGCUGGUCGGUGACAUGGACAACAGCGGCAGCCUUAAUGCACAGAUUAUCCACCAGCUCACAAAUAAAAUUCGGUCAAAGGUGGCUUUCCAGACGCAGCAAGCCAAAUUUGUGAACUGGCAAGUGGACGGCGAAUACCGGGGCACAGAUUUCACCGCGGCCGCCACGCUAGGGAACCCCGAUAUCGUAGUAGGCUCAGGGAUCCUAGUGGCACAUUAUCUGCAGAGCAUCACGCCGUGCCUGGCGCUGGGCGGGGAACUGGUGUACCAUCGGCGAGCAGGGGAAGAGGGAACCGUCAUAUCUCUUGCUGGGAAGUACACAGCACCAAAUUGGAUUGCGACGCUGACAAUAGGACAGGCUGGCGCACACGCCACGUAUUACCACAAGGCCAGCGACCAAUUGCAGGUGGGGGUGGAAUUCGAAGCCAGCACCCGCAUGCAAGACACCAGCGCAACCUUCGGAUACCAGCUGGAUCUACCCAAAGCCAACCUCCUUUUCAAAGGCUCCAUUGACAGCAACUGGAUCGUGGGGGCCGCCUUGGAAAAGAAGCUGAUCCCGCUGCCCCUGACGCUCGCCAUGGGGGCCUUCCUCAAUCACCGCAAGAACAAAUUCCAGUGCGGCUUCGGCCUCACCAUUGGUUAAGCUGCCCUU